GUUUUUUUUUUUUUUUUUUUUUUUUGGGUUCUGACCUUUCUUAUAAAGGGACCCUUUUGAUCAUUUUGUUUGGAUUACAGUCGGAUCUUGAGAGAGACCCUUUUGGUUUUUUAUUUUGGGUUGUUUUUUUUUUAUCAUCUGAAGCGGUUUUUUUCAGUGUGAAAGUUACAAUCUUUAUGAUUAUUUGAUCCUCUGAGGCAUUGAAUGAGAAAGUUAUGAGCAUUUUCUCAGCUUUCUGGGUAUUUGUCAGUGUACUCAUCAGCUCCAAAAGAGGCUUUGGUUUAGCUUUGGAGAUAGAUAAAGCUUCAUUACAAAGGUUUGUUCAAUUUUGUUUCACCUUCCUUCUUUUUCUUUUUCCUCCCAUCCCUGCCAAUUGCCCAAUGAUUUCCCCAGUUGUGGGACUGUUUUGUUUUUUUUUUGUUCCUUUCGAGUGGCUUUGACUUGCCAUGUAAAAGAUGCUUUAAUGUAAAGACUGGCAUGUGUGGGUUAUUAGUUGUGCUUUCUGUUGAUAUUGGAUUUUCUUAAUUUGAUGCAUCUGUCUAUACUUACCAUUUUGAGUGUCAAUUGAGGUUCAAAAUUCUGGACUUGAAUUUUCUUUGGUAAUGUGAUUAGAUAUUUGGAUGCAGAUUAUGUGUUUGAAAAUUUCAGUAAUUGAUGAUUGGUUGGUGAAGUUGCACAAAGAGAAUUGAGGAUGUGCAUUAGUAGUUGCUCAAUUGACACUUGGUAGAAAAGGUUAUGAUAAGCAAUUACCACACCGCUGUCCUGAUUCUUUGCAGAAUGUGACCAUGUGUGUUUUGGUGGCUUUCCGACGAGAAAGGGGGGCUCAAUACAUGGAAACAUUUGAAUCCAUAGUUACGGAAUUCUAGUUAAUCUAGCUUGAGGGAAAGUAAAACUUUUGAGUAUAAGGUGAAGUCAACUGCUGUUUGCCUAUUUUGAUCUGAAUCCUUGUCUACUUGCUAAGCACAUAAGCGGAUUCAUGAUCCAAUUAAUUGGUACGAUGUUUCAAUUAUAUCAUGCGAAUAGUAUCUUCAAUCUUGUUCCUCUACAUGUGGUCCAAUACCCCCAGCUCUAUGUGCAAGUGACAGCAGCAAUCUUUCUUCAGUAUUGUUGAUAUGUCAGUGGUUGCAGAGGUUAUCUUUGUGGACUAUGUAUCCCCAAUUUACUUUAGCUGGCUUAGCAGCAAUUCACUUUUCAAAAGUGUUGUUGAUCCCCCAUUUCAUGGUUUUGUGUCUACAUUUUAAACCAUUUGUUUGCAUUUCUAUUUAUAAACUAUGGACUGCAGAGUAAGAGGGGUUAGUAAUGUUCUCGCACUCUUGAUUUUGUAACAAGGGAUCCUUUUCAUUGUCACGGUUUACCUACGGUCAAAAUGUUAGAAUGACUAGGAAGUCUAUCCAAUUUCAUAAAAUGUCAAAGCACAACUCUGAAAAGCUUUGAACUUUGUGUCCUACCGGUAAUGUAUUUGGCUAAGUGGAUUUCAUGGUAUUGCAUGAUGCUCCCUUUUACGAAUAUAAAGUAAUGCGACCACUGAUUUAGAGCUGAUAUAUUCCACUUUUUGAGUGAAUUAUGCAACAUUAGGUACUUUUCACAUCAGUUAAGUAAUUGGUCGCUAAGUUAAGACAAAAAAAAGUGUGAGUAAAUUUUGGUCUUCUCUACUAGAAAAUGAUCUGAAAAAGUUUUCGUCAUUAGUUUUUCUCAUAACGGUGAGGUUUUUUCCUGAGGUCUUCUUGCUGGACAAUGCAUAAAAGAGUCUUUGAAUUGAUCUUUGUCCUGAAUUUUGAUUCUGAUUUGCCUUGUUUUUGUACUGUAACGUCUUUUGUUUACUUGACGGUUUUGUCAAAUUUAUGCUCUGAAGUACUACUUUUUAGAUCCUACGGUAGUUUUGAGGUGUGUAUGAUAAACAUAUAUUUUACUGCUUAUGUCAUGUGUUAUUGUAGCAUCACAAUUGAAGUGUAUACCUGUUAAAGUUUGUUUAUCUAUGAUUUAGCUUCUGGGCAAGGCUUGAUUACUAUUGUAUUCCUGAUGUUAUGUGAUUCUCAGUUAAGAAUUGCCCUUGAGCAUUGUAAUCACUAGAUUUUCUGCUUCUAAACUGCAGUAUAGUACCUGUGGAGAUGGGGUUGUGACCAAAAUGGAUCCUCAAGCUUUCAUAAGGUUGUCAAUUGGUUCAUUGGGUCUGAGACUUCCUGGGACAGCAUUAAAUUCUGCUAAAUCCGGAUUACGUGCAUUGUCUUCUCCAUGUGUGUGUGAGAUUCGCUUACGUGGUUUUCCUGUGCAGACCUCAUCUAUUCCCUUUGUAUCCUCUCCUGAAGUUACCCCAGAUGCACAGAGUGUUGCCUCCAGCUUUUAUCUAGAAGAAUCUGAUCUGAAAGCAUUGCUGGCCCCUGGCUGUUUCUAUGCAUCACAUGCAUGUCUGGAAAUAGUUGUUUUUACAGGGCGUAAAGGAACUCAUUGUGGCGUAGGAAUUAAAAGGCAACAAAUUGGGACAUUUAAGUUGGAGGUGAGUCCUGAAUGGGCAGAGGGAAAACCAGUUAUUCUUUUCAAUGGGUGGAUAGGUAUUGGCAAGAGCAAGCAGGAGGGGGGAAAGCCUGGAGCAGAACUUCAUAUCCGAGUGAAAUUGGAUCCUGACCCAAGAUAUGUGUUUCAGUUUCAAGAUGAGACCAAAUUAAGUCCACAGAUUGUGCAGCUCCAGGGUACAAUCAAGCAGCCUAUUUUUAGUUGCAAGUUUGAUCAAGACAGGGUAACCCAGCUGGAUCCCUUGAGCAAUUUCUGGUCGCAUUCAAUUGAGGGCACUGACCAUGAGACUGAAAGAAGGGAGAGGAAGGGAUGGAAGGUGAAGAUACAUGACCUUUCUGGCUCGGCCGUAGCAGCAGCUUUCAUUACUACUCCAUUUGUUCCAUCAACAGGUUGUGAUUGGGUGGCAAAAUCCAACCCAGGAGCUUGGUUGAUUGUUCGCCCAGAUCCUUGCAGGCCUGAGUGCUGGCAACCUUGGGGAAAGCUUGAAGCAUGGCGUGAACGUGGCCUGAGAGAUUCCAUCUGCUGUCGCUUCCACCUUUUAGCCGAAGGACAAGAAGGUGGUGAGAUUCUUAUGUCAGAGAUAUUGAUUAAUGCUGAAAAGGGUGGAGAAUUCUUCAUAGACAUCGAUAAACAAGUUCGAGCUGCUGCUACUCCAGUUCCAAGUCCACAAAGCAGUGGGGAUUUCACAGCUUUAAGCCCUAUUGAUGGCGGGUUUGUCAUGAGUUGUAGAGUGCAAGGAGAAGGAAAAUGCAGCAAGCCCCUUGUGCAACUAGCCAUGCGGCACAUCCGAUGCGUGGAGGAUGCCGCUAUAUUUAUGGCCCUGGCUGCUGCUGUUGAUCUCAGCAUUGAGGCAUGUAGGCCUUUCCGAAGAAAGAUUAGGAGAGGUAAUCGCCAUUCUUGGUGAUUUUUGUUGUCGACGCUCUUUUUUUGCUUUCACGUAAACUGAUAAUAUCGUUCUAGUGCUUCUGAUUUUUGUAACUAUUUUGACAUUUGUACAUAAUGGAUUUAGCUUUAUUACGUUUUCAAACCAUUGCGGCCCAUAUCGUUAUCUUUUAGGUCGUAUAUCAUACAUACUCCAAUAGAAUACAUAGAGAGC